CAACACCAGCACCAGCACCAGCACCGGCACCAGCAUCAGCACCAGCACCAGCACCAGCACCAGUACCGGCACUAGUACCAACACCGUCGUUAGUCUACAUACUAGCCUGUUCACCCUGGCCUAGGGGUUUGCCUUGCUCUCCUCGUGCUGUUACGACUGUGUCGGGGUUUGGGGGUGUAGACGCAGGCGCGAACGCAGACGGAAUAUAGGUGGACAAAACGGCGCCGAGCAUUCCGUCAAAGCCAGACAGUGCGGCACGAUCGAAAGAGAGCGAGAGCGAGACCGUGGAGAAAGAAUUUCGAUCACGAAGAAAGAUCUCGUCCUUCGGCUUUUCUUAUAAUACAUUUUUUGUUCGCCAUUGAGUAUCUCACGUUGUUAGAAUUCUUCCUAUUCUUUUCGUGAGAAAUGGGAAUCGUCAAAACGGUAUCCGAGAGCAUACUAGAAGAGACGGUCGUACCCAGCGAAGAAGCCAAUCAUUCCUUGCAAGGACAUACCGAAGAGUGGAGCGACAGCUUUCCAUAUCAGCUACUGAUAGGAACUGGAGUUGCCUUGAUGGCUCUGGUACUUUUAGCUGCAAUUAGCUUUCAAUGCUCUUCUACUUGGCGAUGGUUGAUGAGUGUCGCUCGCCACGAAAACGACGAAGAUGCGAAUGGUGAUUUGUCUCAGCAAAAUGCCAUUCGCAUAAGUCACUCCUUGCCGGAUUUACAAUCGGAACCGAUUACCCAUGAAUACGUUCAAGAACAAAAGGACAGUAAGAAGGUGUUGCGUCAAACUACUUUGCCGAUUGUUCCGAUGCGCCAUCAAAGUUUUCAACGGCAAUUGUCUCACCGUCUCGAUUUGCCUAGUAUCAAAUUCAGUAUUUGCAGUCUGGAAAAUCGUAGCGAUUCUAGUCUUGGUCUUAUCAAGCCGGAACUCUACAAAAAGGAUCUCGUAAGACAGGAAAGCACGGAGAGUUCUAGCACUACAGAAAUGGAAUACGCCGGAAAGCUACACUUCGCUCUUCGUUACGACAAGGAGAUCGACGGUCUCGUCGUUAAGGUCUUAGAGGCUCGAGAAUUGCCAGUGAAAGACGUAACAGGUAGCAGCGAUCCUUAUAUAAAAGUAUAUCUCUUACCCGAUCGAAAGAAAAAGUAUCAAACGAAGGUACAUAGAAAGAACUUGAACCCGAUCUUCAACGAAACAUUUAUUUUCAGCGUUCCUUACGAGGAAUUGAAGGAACGCUAUUUACAAUUUUCCGUCUACGACUUCGACCGUUUCUCUCGACAUGAUCUCAUUGGCCAAGUAGUACUUAAAGGAUUGUUGGACUGCACCGACCUCGAGCAAGAAAUCGAGUAUACGAUGGAUAUCCUCUCUGCACCUCAGGAAAAAGUGGACUUAGGCGAAUUGAUGUUGUCUCUCUGUUAUCUUCCAACCGCUGGACGUCUGACUCUGACAGUGAUCAAGGCUAGGAACCUCAAAGCCAUGGAUAUAACUGGAUCGUCCGAUCCCUACGUGAAGGUGUAUCUUCUCUGUCGUGGUAAACGGAUAAAGAAAAAGAAGACGACCGUGAAGAAGAACACGCUCUUUCCCGUGUAUAACGAGGCGCUCGUUUUCGAUGUGCCCGCAGAGAAUAUAGAAGAAGUCAGCCUCAUAGUGAAAGUUAUCGAUUACGAUAGGAUCGGUUCAAACGAGUUAAUGGGCUGCACGGCAAUCGGUUCGAGCUUUAUCGGGAUUGGUCGAGAUCAUUGGUUAGAAAUGUUGGAUAACCCGAGAAAACCAGUGGCUCAAUGGUAUCCUCUUCUUGAAACCGUAGCAGGUCAUAUCCCUUCGGUUGCUUCCGAGCCACUUCCAGUAAGUUUGAGCUGCUUAAACAGUAGAUGAAGACAAAAGUUUGGAAGAAAAAUAUGCGGAUGCUCGCAGAAUUCCUCGAACGUCGACUUGGACAAAGUCCCUCUCUGUCGUCAUUUAAUGCAUAUCGCUUGACUGAAUUAAGUACAACCUCUAUUUCAAACAAGGGCUCGGAAGUCAAAACUUUGUGCUUUGAAAAUCUUUACUUGCGACAGAUGUGGAUUAGUAAACGAGUACUCGCUAAGGACAGUCUGUGAACAAAAAAAAAAAGGUAAAAAAGAAAAAGUAACAAAAAAGAAAAAAAAAGAGAAAAAAGAAAAGUAAAAAAGAAGAGGGAAUUUAUGACCGUUUGCUGAGGCUUAUGUAAUUUAGUCGAGAUUUUCGGCAAUGAGAAAGAUGACCAAUAAGAAAACGGAGAUAAAUAGAUAGGUACGUAGAUUAGAGAACAAAGAAGGAAAGAAAGAAAGAAAGAAAAAAAGA